AUGAGCUACUCCCAGCAUUACCCCCAGCGUCCGUCCGAAGUCGUGGCCAAUGGAGUGUCGUCUGCAAUAUCGACAGCAGAAGCCGCGCUCAUCCAACAUCUGCGAGAACAAGCCACCGAACCCCUAGAUGAUCACGACACCAGCGAGGCCGACACUCCGGGUGCGGCGGAUCCUGAACGGCCCUACAAGACUCCCAAGAAGAGGCGGCAUAGAUACACCAGGGAGCAGAAGCUAGCCGCGAUUCACUAUGCGACCACAGCAAUGAAGCCGGGACCAGAUGGUACACCCCAGCCCAUUGAAGGCCUUGAAGCAGCCAAGCACCUGAAUAUCACCUGGGGCAUGCUCAGGGACUGGGUCGCCAACAAAACCAAGAUUGAGAAUAUGAGACCGGGCAGCGUCAAGUAUCGAAAGGGCCAAACUGUCAAUGGAGGUAUCCAGAAGGUGUACAGGAAGCGCGGCCCUCCCGAGUGGGAUCCCUCGCUGGGGCCUCGACCUCUGGCUCCACGUGAUCCGUCCGCGCCUGAAGUUCUUGACACGCCUGGUGCGGCUCAGGAGCCGUCCCCUGAUACCGACAACUCUCCCAGCGGCACGACUCUAAGACGGCGGAAUCCGGUUGCUGCCCAGCAGACCCCGGAGGUCUCUCUACAGAACCGCGAGGAUCUUUCCGUGACACGUGGUGGUGGUGCUCUCCGAAGGCGGCCAGCUCGGCAGACCCGUGUAAAAAACUGCACUAUAGACGAAGAAUCAAGUUGCCUGGACAGCGACGUCCGGUUCUCACUGUUACAAUGCAGCCAGAUUCAAACCUCCACGGUACACAACUGUCAGCUCGCUGCAACCCACGUUAAGGGCCGCAGUUGUGUCGUGCAGAGCACAGUCAGGACUUCCUACAUCAGUAACGAGAGCGAUGUGCGCGCAAGCUGCAUUGUGAACUCACUCGUCGAAGGUGCGAAGCUCACUAAUUGCACCGUGACUAAUAGUCGGAUCGUGGGCGGGAAUUAUAACGGAAAAACGUUAGUUAACAUUACUAUCAACGGAGAUGGGCAGGAGGACACGUCCAGGCCUACACCCACGGACUUCGAGACACGGCCGUGA